GUUUCGUGUCUAAUUAUCAAGCGAUUGAAGCGAUAUUCCUCUCUCUUUCUCUCGCUCGCCGAGAAGCGGGACACAGCCAGGAUCUCUCGUCGAGGUCUCGAUCGCGCGAUCGAUGUCUGUCCUCUCGAAGGUGCUCGAAGGCAGGCAACGGCGUCGGUCGACUUUCGUCGGGACUUGUUUGGUCACCCCCGUGGGGGGACGGAUGGGUGACGCAUCUCACGUAACGACAUCGCGCAAUCUGCUCCGGGCUCUGACUCCACGAAAAUAAAUCUCGGCGCUCCUCGCCGCGGCAUUUCGCACGGUGUUUCUCGUCGUCGCUGCCUGCGAGACCUGGCUUCGCUCCUCGUGUAUCCUGUAUGGCCCUGUGACACCCAGCUCUGCGCGGUCGCGACCCGAAGAUGGCCCGGGACGCAGGCGUCGUCUACCUGCUGAUCGUGAUCGCGCACCUGUGCUCGUGCGCGCGUUACGGCAGUUAUGGAUACAAUAAUUACGUUGAAUAUAGCCUCGAGAACGAAAAGAUAUGCCAUGUCCUAAACAAGAAGCACACGAUCGACAUGCAACACGGCGCCGCGGCGAUCGUCAUGCCGCAUCAUAUGUUCGACCACUGGGUCGUCAAGGCCAAUCGCAAUUGUACCUUCGUCUUCCGGACUGGUAAGAGCGAGGGCCUCUUCGCGGUUAUUCAAAAGAUGUUUCUUCGUCGCGACGGUGAUCGGUGUAUUGAUUACGUACGGUUCAAGAGAAGCGAUGGAUUUUACACAAGCAAGUUCUGUGGGGAGAUAGAUCGCAGCCAAACAACAUACCUUCUGGUUCCUGAGCCUGAGAACAGUUCGGGUAACACAAAUGAAAGCCGGACACCUAAUUAUGAUAUAUAUGCAGAAUAUGAUCCUAUUAAAAAAUCAAAAGUGUGGUCUAUUCGGUCGGAUUCUGCUACGAUAGAAACGGAAGUAUUCAUUUCCAAGGAAAGAGUACCAGAUGGACAGUCCCUGGAUCUUACAAUAGUUUACACCCCGUUCAUAAGGUGCGAUCAGGCAGAUUCCGAACAAUACCAAGAGGUUGGAUACAACAAUUGUAUUCGGAAGGAGUACAUAUGCGAUAAGAUCUACAAUUGUCCUUUUGGUAUGUGCUCUGACGAGGUAAAUUGCGUGAUCAAUGAUCGGUAUCCCAAAGACAAUACUGCCACAAAGGUCACUGUAGGAGCAGUCACCACCAUGAUCCUCUGCUUCAUCAUCUUUGUUAUGUGUUUAUGGAUCUGCAAGAAAUCACAAAAGUUAUGCUGGUCAUCGGAUUGGGCUGGUCCAAAUGUGUGCUCGCGGCCGGUUUCCUUGCCGGACGCGGAGCGGGGUCAGGGAUCCAAUCACGCAGUGCCAACGGCCCCCAUGUUGGAGGUCGCAAUGUCUUCGCCUGUCGUAGACAAAGAUCUACCACCCAGUUAUGACUCGUUGUUCCCCGAACAAAGUAAUCCUGCUAGAUCGUAAGUUAUUAAAUCCGAGUAUAAACUGGUAGGAUGAAGUAUG